GCGUUCCAUACACACCAAAGAGGAGAGGAGAUAUCUGCGCGCGCUCACAGUCGGACGCCGCGAGUUUCCAAAAAACACCAGCUGUACGUACCCGACUAAAGCACUCGUUCUCCUCCUCAUCGACAAACUUUUUUGUUUCUUUGCACCAUGCAGGACACCGCGUUCCUGAGCACCGUGCUGCUCUUCACCGUCAGCCUCGCGCGCUCUCACCAGCAGCCGGACUACCAGCACGCGGCCGCUUUGGACGCGCGCGGCAGAUACGUGAUGAGAUGGAGCUUUGACCAAACGACCAUCACGGUGGAGAUCUCGGCGCAAACGAGAGGAUACAUCGGCUUCGGUUUAUCUCCAAAUGGCGCCAUGGCCUCGUCAGAUAUCGUCUUUGGAGGGAUUGCAGACGGGACACCUUAUCUGCACGACUACUUUGCAGACAGCAAAAGAAAAGUCCAUAAAGAUCAGGUCCAGAACUACAAGUUGCUGUACGCAAGAGAAAAUGACACGCACACCGUGCUAGCGUUCAGCAGGAAGCUCCAGACCUGCGACCCUGAGGACAGGGAAAUCACGGGUAGUACAAUGCGGGUGAUCUGGGCAUUUCACGAAGACGACGUCGGGCCGUCAGGGCCAGCGUACCAUGGAGUAAACAGAGGGAGGAAAAGUUUACGUCUUCUCAACCCUGCAUCCAGCAAGAGCAUUCCUCAAGGAACAGCUAGCUUCGACCUUCGGAACAUUAACGUCCGAGUGCCUCAAAAGGACACGACUUACUGGUGUCAGAUGUAUAAAUUCCCAGAUGUGAAGAAAAAGCAUCACAUAAUCAAAAUUGAGCCCCUGAUCCAGAAAGGUCAUGAGACUCUGGUCCACCAUAUCCUGCUCUAUCAGUGCGAUAGCACCCUGAAUGAGAGCGAGCUGGAAAUGGGUCACGAGUGCUUUCAUCCAAACAUGCCCGACUCCUUCAUAACAUGCCAAACUGUCAUAUUUGCAUGGGCCAUUGGUGGAGAGGGCCUCAGUUAUCCUCCGCAUGCAGGAAUGUCAAUAGGAACAGCUACAGAUCCAGUCUAUGUGCUGUUGGAGGUUCAUUAUGACAACCCUUCUUUACAGAGAAGAAUAGUGGACAGCUCUGGUCUGCGUCUGUUCUACACACCCAAGCUGCGGACUUAUGAUGCAGGGGUAAUAGAGACAGGGGUGUGGGUCAGCCUUUACCACAUGCUGCCUCCUGGGAUGCAGGACUAUGUCACUGAGGGUCACUGCAUGCAAGAGUGUCUGCAGGAGUCUCUGGAGAGUGACAUGCCCAGUGGUAUUCAGGUGUUUGCAGUCCUGCUCCAUGCUCACCUGGCCGGCAGAGCCAUCAGAACCAGACAUUUCCGUCAUCAGGUCGAGCUUCCUCCUCUUUCCUCCGACGACCACUUCGACUUCAACUUUCAGGAGUUCCAGCCACUGAAUCCAGAGCGGCAGCUUUUGCCUGGGGACUCAUUAAUCACUGAAUGCGUAUAUAACACUAAAGGCAGGAAGAACAUGACAUGGGGUGGCUUGAGCACGAGGGAUGAGAUGUGCUUGUCGUACCUUCUGUACUACCCUCGAAUCAACCUGACCAGGUGCGAGAGCCUUCCUGAGGUCACUGGCCAGCUCAAAUUCAUCGGAGUCAAGGAAAUUCAUAGCCCUCUUUCGACAUGGCCUUUUGUGAUUAAAAGUCCGAAGAAAUACAGCAACCUUUCGUUCACCGAAGCCAUGGACAAGUUCCGAUGGACAAAGAAGAGAGGAAAAGACUUUAACGAAGUUGUGUUGCAGCUCCCAGUGAAUGUACGCUGCUCCAAGCUGGGUUACGACGAGUGGUUGGUUCAGGGCACGAUUCUUCCUCCACCGAAGCUGAAAUCGGUUCAACCAUCUGCCAGAAGCGUGUGUUCGAACGGCUCGACGUCUCAGACUCAUCACACUCUCUCUGCGCUGAUCAUGGCAGCACUCAUGUCCUUACUCUUCCUUCGAAAUGCCCAGCGCUGACUCCGCGACCCCGUGUGAACAGUUAGAUGUGGCGAAGAGACAAAACUUUACUCCAACAUACAACAACUGAAUCAUUGAUUCAAGGCACGGGAUCACAGCAGCAGCAGGAAGUUGUAGGACGGAUGGAGAUGAUUAGUCUGGAGAAAAGAACCAGCACGGUGUGAACCUAAACAAAUAUUUAUGUAUUAUACACCCUCUAAUCAAACGUCUCAAAUAUUUAACCAUCCCUCAUCCUUUUCCCUGUGAUCUAUUAAGAAGACAAACAAUCAACACAGUUUCAACCAAAACAGCUACACAUCCAGUCAAAACAUUCUGGACACCA